AUGCUUGAUGAAUUUUGGAAAAAAUUAACAACAUUUCUUAAUGAAGUUUGUUUAAAUCUUGGUCCAGAAACACUUUCCUAUUGGGCUUCAUGUUUUAAAUUAGGAUUAGAAGAUGAAGAUCCACGUCGAAUGUAUCGUCCUAUUGAAUAUCUUCGUUCAUUAAUAAAUACACAUGCAACAGGAAAUACAUUUCUUGAAACAUCACGUUGGUAUCUUCUUCAAACAAUAACUAAUUUUGAAUGGCGUGUACCAAGUAUUUGGUGUUCUAUUAAUGAACAAGCUAAAGAAUUACUUGAUCAUCCAUAUAAAGCUAUUCGAGAACGAAUUACUAUUGUUUUAUCAUUAUCGUUGACUUUUGAUGUGACAUUACCCAAUGGUCAAUCAACACGUCAUCCAGAUGUUAAUCAAUUUAUUGAUAUGAUACGUGUACGAUUACAACAAGCAAUUGAAGUUUAUGAAAAAACACCAUUAGCUAAUGUAUCUGGUCAAGUUGUUGAAAUUGAUCCAGAAGCUCGUAAAGCUUUAAAUUUUAUUGAAACAGUGAUACAAUUGCAUACACAUUUAUUUAGUAAAUGUUUACAACCAAUCAAAAAAGCAAUUAUUCGUAUAUUUCCAUAUCUUUGUGAAAUAGAAAGUAUUGUUGCAAAUGAUGAUUUUAUUCGAAAAAACUUAACAAUCACUCGAAUGUGUGUAGCUAUGACAUAUCUGCAUAAGCAUUUUAUGGAAGAGUUAAUUGAACAAUUAGAACAAGUUUGUUCAAGUCCAAAAUGGCAUGCACGUCGAGCUGCU